ACAGCGGACACGCAAUCAGCCGGUGCUUGAACUUCAACGAAAAAAUAUGGCUCCAUUAAUCUCGGCGUGGCCAUUAAAAAUGCCGAAUAAGCGACUCUCCUCGCGGUAGGAAUGAUUUGACCACCUGAAUAUAAAGAGCGGCCAUGUGUGCUGUACGGAAAAGUGUAUAAUGUUAGUGCGAUGAAAGUGCUAUUAACGAUGGGAUCAUUGGAGGAAUCAUUUAAAAGAAGGAAAAAGAAGAUUGAAAGGAAUUCUAAUUUUAUGAAUUCCUAUAAAGAUAUGUUGCAUAGAUGCGCUCAUGUACGCACACGUAUACACAUAUAUUAGUAUAUGCAUUGUGUUUACGCAUACAUAUUUCGAACGAUUGCGCACGGUACAAAAUAUCUCACUGACAGCUGGCAGCACGACACGCAGGAGUGGCAGAUCAUGUAAGGAAUUUUAAUUGGAAAAAUAAUAUCUCUUGAUUUGAGAGCAAAACCACUGCCAAGAUUAUAUUAGAAGAAUUGGCAGGAUAGGCAGACGCAGGCAGAACAGUGGGGGUGGGGGCGGGAGAUUCAGAGGCGGUAUGACACGACCUCCUAACAAUGACAACCUUAUGACCUUUAAGUUGGUCGUGGUUGGCGAUGGAGGAGUUGGAAAAAGUGCACUCACCAUACAGUUCUUCCAGAAAUUAUUUGUUACCGAUUAUGAUCCUACUAUCGAGGAUAGCUAUAUUCAACACACAGAAGUAGAUAAACAAUGGUGUAUUCUAGAUGUGCUAGAUACAGCUGGCCAAGAGGAAUUUAGUGCCAUGCGCGAACAAUACAUGAGGAAGGGUGAUGGAUUUUUAUUGGUAUAUUCUGUGACAGACAAACAAUCUUAUGAAAAUAUUGUCAACUUCCAUACUCAAAUUCUUAGAGUAAAAGACAGAGAUGUCUAUCCGAUGCUUCUUGUUGCCAAUAAGGUUGAUUUGGUACAUUUAAGAAAAGUGACGGAGGAACAGGGCCGGGAAUUGGCACAUCGUCUGGGUAUUCCUUAUAUCGAAACUUCUGCCAAAGAUCCACCUCUAAAUGUGGAUGCUGCGUUUCAUGAAAUCGCUUGAAGAUAAACAUAAGUGCGACGAUCUAUCUAGAUAUCUCUGUUCGAACGAAAAUAGACAUUGUCAAUGCGCAAAUGGUAGAUUAGCAAUUAUCACGAUAGAAGUUAGCAACAACAAUAGGUAUACGUACAAUAAUUUCUAAAAUCUUACACACACACACACACACACACACAUCGAUAGAAGUUCGACAAUAUAUUUCAAUCUUUGGUUAAUAAUUUCCCCCAUCCGAUAAUUAUACCAAAGUUGAUCUAAUAUUUAAUAAUAAUAAUAACAAUAAUAACAAUAGUAAUAAUAGUAAUAAUAAUAAUACAGAUUGCUCCUAGGUUAGAACAUACUCAUUCAAAGUUCGUGACCCUUCGUAGCGAAGGGACAAAGGGAUGUCGAGGGCGUAGAAACCGUAGCGGUAGGUAUUAUUACGUACGAUCUGCUGUACGAUCUCGCAAAUCAGUCCAUUGUACUAUUCCCGGGCUGCACGUCGAAUCCGUGCCGAUGUUCAUCGAUUUAUUUCGGGGGAAGUUAAUCCACCGAAACGAGACAGAAAGCCUGUCGAUUAAUCCUCGGAGAAGAGAACAGAGAGAAAGGGAGAAAGAAAAAAUAAGAGAGAGAGAGAGAGAGAGACAGAAGCCAGGACGAAUCUUUUAACGAGUCGCCGUAUAAUCUUUUGAAAAUCCUAGGGAUCGAUGUUUCUUCGUGAGUUUACAGGGAAAUCUCGUUUGCGUGCAAGACGCGAACGUUAAUCACGUUCUUAAUGGCGGCCACGGAAACGUUCUUUUCCAGGGCAAUUCUUCCGCGCUUGCAACGUCAGGGCUUAACGCCCGUACGUUAAUAUCUUGAUGAAAGAAGCUUGGUUUAUUUUUUUUUUCUUUUUCUUUCUUUCUUUUUUUUUUAUUAUUAUUAUUCUACUUCUUCCUUUACUCCAUUUCUUUUUCCCUUUUCCUUUCUUUUCCCUUCCAAGCUUUUCCAUAGAAAUUUUUAACAAUAUCAUUAACCAACGAACCCAGAUGAACCUUUCUUUCUUUAGAAGCUACGUUUAACUACAAGUUGAGAUCUAUGAGAGGAACUUUUUAGUGGUAGCAUAGUAAUUUAUUAGGAAAGUAUGAUGUUAAAGUUGUAUCGAAGGGAAAACCCUUGUUCCUUGUUCGUCCUUGAUACAUUUCAAUGGGUAAUUCGCGUCGGUCGUAUAGAGAGGGAGAUUAAAAAAAAAAGAUCAACGUUCUCUUCCCUUCAUCCCUUUAUCUUUCUUUAUCUCUCUCUCUCUCUCUCUUUCUCUCUCUCUCUCUCUCUCUCUCUCUCUCUCUCUCUCUUUCUCUCGAUCGCCCUUAAAACGGACGAUCGUCGAAAAUCCUUUUGUCGCGCGAUCCGACGUGCGGUGUGCAUUUGAAAGUGGCGCGAGCUCUUUUUCGUUGCACCGAGCAACGAGGGAUAGUAUAAGGGGACACGCGAAACGUGGACGAGCUAAUAAAAUGUGCACGUUGAACAAAAGAGCCCGCCGCGGGUGGGCGGCUGUAGACGUCUGUAAAAAGUCCGGUUACGAGAGGGUCGCGUGCGAAUAUAUACGAUUCCGUAGCCGUUACCGUCGUGAUCGUUUAUGCGAAUACCGAAGUGGCCGUCGUUAAACUCCGAACGAUCCUCGACACUUUGACGGUACCCGAAGGACGAUGCUUUGACCUCGUCUUUGCUAAAAAAGUUUAAUAAGGGGAUAGGUAAGUACUUGCUUACCUGGGAUAGAAAUUUAUAAUUAAUUGAAGAAUAAUUAUUUUCUUUAUGAAAUUGAUAAAGAUUUAUCUUUCGAAAUUGAUAAAGAUAUAUAUAUAUAUAUAUAUAUAUAUUAAAAAUUUAUCGCAGAUUAUUCAAAUUAAAUUGAUAAAAAUUUCGCUUAAAAAUCAGUCUUGUUCGAUAUGUAAUACUAUGUCCAAGUAUAAUUUAUAUAAUUUAUGUUUUAUUGUGUAGUUUGUGUAUGUAUCUAUGCAUUAUAUAUUUCAAUUCGUAACAAAGAGGACACAUCUUUUUAAUCUUUUAUUUUAUUUUAUUUUAUUUUAUUUUAUUUUAUUUUAUUUUAUUUUAUUUUAUUGUAAUUAUUUAUUUAUGUUUGUCUUUUCUAAUCUAGAUGUAUUGUCAGAGGUUAUUUAUUCAGGUCUAAUUUUGUCAAAUUAUCUUUUUUACGUUGCGUGGACAUUGAAAGCAAAUGGGAGAAUAGCGAGCAGUUGUAACGCAGCAGGGGUUAGUUAGAAAGCUCAAUUAUUCGUAUAUGUAAUAUGGGUUUUUGCUUAUGUAUAUGGCUCGCAAUAAUUUUUAUUUUUUUCGACAUGUUCUCGCAUAUUACGCGCAUCAGUUUACGUCGUUACUUCGUUAAAUUUUUUUUCGUUUUCUCUCUUUUUCUUUUCUUUUUUUUUCUUUUCUUUUUAGUUAUGCCAUUUGGAGAAACGUAUAAACGCGUUAUUCAACUUUAUCUGUCCCGUCCUCAUUUUCGUUGAUGAUCGAUACUGACCAUGAAAAAACGUGUCACAUGGAGGACAUGUAAGUACCUAAACAAAGCGAAUCGGAUUCGAUAUAUAACCGAAGGAAUAAUGAAAAAUCAAAUGGUCGGAAAAAGAUCGAAAGUUUUUUCACUGAAAUUUUUUGAUUGGACACGAGUGUGUCUACGUUGUUUCAAAAUGUUUUGUUAUCUUUAGAAAGGGGAAAAAAUACAGAUUCAAAGAGAAAAAGAAAGAGAGAGGAAGAGAGAGAGAGAGAGAAUUGAAAUGGUAACAAAUUGCAAUUUAAUUAACUUGCGGUCUAUGUGUUUGCAAUACGCGAAACUAUCAACGCGGAAACAAACUCACUUGCGUUUUUCUGUCAUGCUUAACUGGAAACAGCGAACGUAAUUCGAAAUUAAUGGGGGCCAGGGAUCAAAGCGACCGACCGUCGGUCUUUGUGAUCGAUCGCUUUACAAAUUGUAAAUUUAAAACGCAACGCUAUAUAAACUUUUAAAACGAAAUAGAAGUUACCGACGAUAUUUUCGACCUGGAUGUACUCGCGUUACAAGCGACCGUUGCUUUAUCAACGUGUAACAUGAAAUUUGGCCUCGUGAAUGAUAAAAAAAAAAAGUAGAGAGAUAGAGAGAGAGAGAAACUUCAAGUAGGUAAUCAUAGUUUUUUAAAUAAAGUUCGAACAGGCUACGUCGAGAGAUCCUCGUUGCUUUAAGAGUUUCCUAUUUCUGGAUAUGAGAUCAGACAUUCAUUUAUUCUUUCUAUCAGAUACAAGCUCUAUUUGACCUAAUAUUUUUAUCCAUAGAAACUCGAAUAAAACGAUUUUCUACAUUUUUAAUCGAUAGAAUGAACGAUAGCAAGAUAAUUUAUGACUAUAGUUGAUUUAUCUUUGAAAUCUUUUUGGUGAGAUGAAAAUAUAGUCAUUGAUCAAACCAUAAUCGUCGUGGUUUUAACUUUACAAUUAUUGAUAAAUGUAGAAGCAAUUCGAUCUUACUAUUAGUCGCACCAAACGUUUCAUUUUAUUCGUGGUCAAUUUUCAACGAGUCGAAUCGACAACAAUGGCGACGAAAUCUGUGAUCCAUUAUGUCGUUAUUCGUUCCGUGUGUUCCAUUGUAACUGCGCGCCGUGAUAUGUGCAUACGUUAAUAUAAAUAAUUCACGAAGGAUAAAGAUACUUACGUUUCACUACGAACCAUUUUAAUACUUCCUUUUUUGUUUUUUUUUUCGUUCGUACAUAAAUCAAUUGACUAAUGAGAAUCGUCGAUAUACGUAGCACCUAUUAGCCUUAUAACCAACCUGUCCAUUCCACUUUUGGUAAACGUCGGGUCCCUCUUAUAAUCAGAUAGAAUCAGAGUAUCGGACAGGGUUAGCUUCGUUUAAUCCAACGAGACGAUCUCGGAAAAAAUUUUGCCCCAGUUUACAAACCACUCGAUGGCUUCGCCAAUAGAUUCUUUAUUUAUUCUGUUCGCUCGCUCACGAUCAUUAGCCCGUAUUGAAUCGAAAGAGAAAGAGAGAGAGAGAGAGAGAGGGAGAGAGAGAGAGAGAGAGAGAGAGAGAGAGAGAGAGAGAGAAAAUUAAUACCUACUCUGACAAGGAUAUUUUGAGAUCGUACGCAUGAAAAUGAAUAAAUGAUACUCGUCGUUGGAGUUUACAGAUAAAUCGCGCUUGUUGCACCCUUGUUUAACCGUUCUACCAUCAGCACUUUACAUAUUAAAAACGGAAUAUAAAUUCCACCCGAUGUUUUGGAGAAGUAUCGAAAGAAAGGAAGCGUGCAAUGCACUCGCUCGCUGCGUUCCUAAAGGAGAGACUUCCGACGAGGUUAAAUGUAAAGUGUUUCUUAAACAAGGGAUAAACAAUUGACAUUCCAUCGAUAGACUUGUGGUAGGACUACAAAAGGAUACGAAAUUAAACGGGGAGAAAAGAAGAGAAAGGAAAACAAAACAGAACAAAACAAAACAAAAACAAACAGAAAAAGAAAACUAUAUCACUAUAAAUGGUAAAGAAUAAUAAGAAGAAAAAGUAUGUAGAGACAGAAAAGAGAGAGAGAGAGAGAGAGAGAGAGAGAGAGAGAGAGAGAGAGAGAGAGAGAGAGAGAGAGAGAGAGAGAGAGAAAGGAAAUAGAAAAAGAAACGAACGAGUAAACGAGCGAGCGAACGCUCUCGCUCGCUUGCUCGUUCGGGCGUGCGCGCGCGCGCCACUUUGAUUUCGAUUCGAUCUCGAGUCGCGCUCGCGAUAGGUCGAGUCGCGUUCUGUGGAUGCGCGCGCAGCUCUCCGGGUUCGGUGCAGCCAUCCCCACUCCUGGCCAACCAGUUUCUCUCUCUCUCUCUCUCUCUCUCUUUCUCUCUACGUCACGAGCGCGCACUCGCUCGCGUUGAUCGUCUCGUUCCCCCACUCUUCGUCCAUCCUCGUCGUUCGUCGUCGUCGUUCGCUGGCGUUCGCUACUGCCACCACUACCCCACCACUACCACCACUACCCCCACCACCGCCGUUGCCGCCGCCGCCGCCGUUCGCCGCCGUCGCCGCCACCGCCGCCGCCCUCCGCGCGACGAAGAGAGCGAGAGAGCCGAGUCGGUCAAUACUCCGGGCAACGCGGCGGUGAGAGCACGACGGUGGUCGCUCGUAAGCGCGCCGUGCCGUCACUCGAGAGAGCCAGUGUGCCACCUCGAGAUUCCUUCGUUCGCGGACAUAUCAAAGAGACAUAUACGUACGCACACCUCAUUAUUCUUUCUCUCUCUCUCUCUCUCUCUCUUUCUCUCUAUCUCUUUCUAUCUCUGUCUCUAUUUCUCACUUUAUCUGUCCCAACCUUUCUAUCUGAAAUCUCUGUUAAUCUCUUUCUCUCUUUUUCUCUUUCUCUCUUUUUCUUUCUCUCUCUCUCUCUCUCUCUCUUUCUUUCAUUCUCUCUUUCUCAUUAUUUCUCGCGUGGUCGUGUCGCGACGACGGAAAAUCGUGUCGUUUCUUCUCCUCGCUUAGACCUCCUCUAACCAUCUAAAUACUAGCAUACUAACUGCUCCUCGUGUUGCGGAGACGAAGGACGUGCGCGACACUAGAAGAAGCCAACGAGAAAGAGCAGAAGGAGGAGGAGGAGGACGACGAAGAAAAAGAAGAAGAAGAAACAAAAAAAGAAGAAGAAGGAAAGUAAAACGGAUCCUUUUUCGUUCUCGUAGAUUCUCCUCGACCGGGUCUCUCUUAAGGAUAAUAUAAAGGGAGAAAGUUCCAUUCUUUUGUUUUCUUCCCCCCCUUUUUCCUCGAGAUUAUGUGAAAAGAGAGAAAAGAAAUAUUCCAAAGAAGAAAC